CCCGCCCGCGUGGUGCACUCGGGGGCGGCUCGGCGCGGCUGGGCGGGGAGGCAGGGCGCACUGGGCGGCGGCGCAGUCUGCACCAUGGCGUACCCGGGGCACCCUGGCGCCGGCGGCGGGUACUACCCAGGUGGGUAUGGAGGGGCUCCUGGAGGGCCUACGUUUCCCGGACAAACUCAAGAUCCCCUAUAUGGAUACUUCGCUGCAGUUGCUGGACAGGAUGGGCAAAUAGAUGCUGAUGAAUUGCAGAGAUGUCUGACACAAUCGGGCAUUGCUGGAGGAUACAAGUCUUUUAACCUGGAAACCUGUCGGCUUAUGGUUUCAAUGCUGGAUAGAGACAGGUCUGGCACCAUGGGGUUCAAUGAAUUUAAAGAACUCUGGGCUGUACUGAAUGGCUGGAGACAACACUUCAUCAGUUUUGACAGCGAUAGGAGUGGAACCGUGGAUCCUCAAGAAUUGCAGAAGGCUCUAACUACCAUGGGAUUUAGGUUGAAUCCCCAAACUGUGAAUUCAAUUGCAAAACGAUACAGCACCAAUGGAAAGAUCACCUUCGAUGACUACAUUGCCUGCUGCGUCAAGCUGAGGGCUCUCACAGACAGCUUUCGAAGACGGGAUACUAGCCAGCAAGGCAUGGUGAAUUUCUCAUAUGAUGAUUUCAUUCAGUGUGUCAUGACUGUUUAAGAGGAAGCUGCUAGAAGACAAUCAACAUUCCACCUGGAGUUUGCAUUUGCUUACUCUUUACCUUCAGUAAUGUGUGUAACUUACAUGGCUACUUCCCCUGACAGCUUUUGUAAAGGUCUAUCACUUAACACACAACUGAAGUUUUGUUUUUAGUUUUGCUAAUAAAUUCUUUGGAACUUAAUAAGAACAAGUCGGUUAUACCAACUAGAACUUCCUUGAGCCAUUAACAUUCAUACCUUAUUUUCCUACUAAACCUCUUUUAUUAUAAAUUUGAGUGGUGCAAAAUGUUUAGAGCACAUUAUAUACUUUGUAUUGUGAGAUCUGAAACACUUAAUCAGGCUACAGUUGUUAUCUUUCCUCUCCUGAAGAAUGUGGUUGAAAGGUUUGUGUGGAAGAUUCUUAUGUAAAUGAUAUAGACCUCCUUGAAUGCAAAAAACAAACAUAGUAAUCCUUGUUAGCGUUCACCUUACUAGAAAUUUAGCAGCACAGGAUUUAGACUUACACAUAUUUUCAUGGCCUUCUGAAUGGACAGGGAACAUUGAGUGAUUAUUUUCUGCCUUUUUAGAAUGUAUUGAUAAUUUGAGUGGCAAAUACUGUCACCAAGUCCCUCUUUGUCAUCAUCCAUUCAAAACUUUGUUAGCUAUACUUAAGAAUCUUAUAUAUUAUAAGCUUAACUAUGUAAAAAGAAAAUUAAUAGAAAAAAGACUAAGGGAAUAUGUGAAAAUAUUAACUACGUUAUUUUCAACUAAUGGGAUGCUAGAUAACCUUAAUUUUCUUUGUACAUUUCAGUAUUUUCCAAAUUUCCUAUAAGAUAUAUGCUUCCAUUUUAAAAUCAGAAGAUGAAUAUUCUCUAGUAAAUAGAUGUUGAAUACACACACACGUAUACACACACAUAUAAACAUAGAAUUCAACCAAUAUUUUUAAACUGUGGGCUUUCAAUAACAUCUGGAUUCUAAUACUGGCUGCACCUCUUACUGUCUGGUUUGAUCAUUUUAGAUAACAUCAAGGGUCUUAGUCUCCCUGUCUUUGAGAAGGAGAUAGCACUUACCUCUUGGUAGUUCUGAACAUGAAAAGGUGUGUUGAUAAAACAAGCAGAAAUAGCGUUUCUGUUUCUUAAAUUUAAAACUGGCCUGACUUGCCUUUGCCUUUCUUUUUUUUUUUUUUUUUUUUUUUUUUUUUUU